AUGGUGUCGGAAAAAGAGCUAUUGGAUUCGUACCCACAAACGUGCGCCCCUGGAUCUGUGACUGGAACUCCUGGAAAUCUGUCUGAUAUGCAGCAGAAAUCUCUGGCAGAAUUUCGCGAGCUUUUGAGAAAAGGUGGUUUCACAGAAAGACUAGACGAUUCGACCUUAUUGAGAUUCCUCAGAGCCCGUAAGUUUGAUGUCACUGCAUCUCAGACAAUGUAUGAGAACUGCGAAAAAUGGAGGAAGGAAUUUGGCGUCGACAAGAUUUUUGAGGAAUUUCACUACGAGGAGAAACCUUUGGUUGCAAAAUACUACCCACAGUACUACCAUAAAACGGACAAUGACGGCCGUCCUUUGUAUUUCGAAGAGUUGGGAUCUGUCAAUCUCACUGAGAUGUACAAGAUUACUAACCAAGAACGUAUGCUGAAAAACUUGGUAUGGGAAUACGAGUCCUUUGUGCGCUACAGGCUACCAGCUUGCUCUAGACAGGCUGGGUAUCUUGUUGAAACAUCGUGCACCAUUUUGGAUCUGAAAGGAAUUUCGAUUUCUGCUGCUGCUCAAGUCCUCAGCUACGUUAGGGAAGCAUCCAACAUUGGUCAAAAUUACUACCCUGAGCGCAUGGGUAAGUUCUACCUUGUCAAUGCUCCCUUUGGAUUUUCUACUGCUUUCCGCAUAUUCAAGCCUUUCUUGGAUCCAGUCACUGUAUCCAAGAUUUUCAUUCUCGGUUCCUCUUACCAGAAAGAAUUACUCAAACAAAUUCCAGCUGAAAACUUGCCGGUCAAAUUCGGUGGUAAAUCUGAGGUCGAUGAAGCAAAGGGUGGUCUCUACUUGUCAGACAUAGGGCCUUGGAGAAACUCGAAGUUCAUAGGACCUGAGGGUGAAGCUCCUGUCGCGUUCAAGUUGUGA